AUGACGAAACCAGUGCAGAAGAGUCAUGCGGCCUCAGCCAACCCGAUGGCCACCGAGAUAGCCUGUGACUUUUGUGGUGGUUCCCAUCGCAACUACCAGUGCUCAACUUUUACCUCUUUACCCACAUCCCAGAAGAGGGAGAAGGUGCGAUCCGCUGGACUUUGCUACAAUUGUCUCCGGAAAGGACACCUUACCAGAAGCUGUUCUUCUUCAAAGUCGUGUCGCAAAUGUAACGCUCGCCAUCAUACGAUACUGCAUGAGGAUGUCGCACCACUUCGAGAACCUGUCAUCCAACCGAAAGCGUCAGUAAUGACCAAUGCCUCAACGAGACAAGACCCAUCGAUCGAUGUACCGGAAACACAUCUCCCGGUAGACCACCAAGUGUCUACAUCCUGCUCAAGCUAUUUACCUACCAGCUCGAACACCGUACUGCUGCUCAAUCACGCUCGCGACUAUGCGUUGGUAAAGAUCCGAUCCAAAGUGACUAAGUUCUACUGCAGUCUCGAGUGUCUGGUCACACCAAAGGUGACUGGAAAAAUCCCAACCAGCAAAAUAGACGUCAAUGGAUGGCGUAUUCCAGAAGGAGUAGUGCUAGCCGAUCCAGCGUUCCACACACCGGAUAAGGUGGACAUGCUGAUCGGUGGAGAAUUGUUUUUCGACAUACUGAAGCCAAGACAUCUAAGCCUGUCCGACAAGUUACCGCAGCUGCGAGAAACCCACCUGGGAUGGAUCGUAGCAGGUGUCAUCAAGGAGCCAUACGUUUCCAACACGUCGAUACAGCACUCCAAUGUGGCAACCAUAGAAAAGAUUGAAUCCGAAAUGCAACGUUUCUGGCAAAUCGAGGAGCUGCCAAAUAUUCCUAAACUAUCCAGGGAAGAAGUAGCCUGUGAAUCCCACUUUCUCUCAACCUACAAACGUAAUUCGACUGGCAGAUUCGUAGUGCAACAGUCGUUUAAACCAACCGUCACUCAACUGGACGACUGCCGAGACUUAGCAUUGAAAAGGUUUCUGAUGCUAGAAAAAAGAUUACUGCGCAAUCCAUCUCUCCAGGCGCAGUACGUGAGUUUCAUCAGAGAGUACGAAGAACUCAAUCACUGCCAUCAACUGAGUGAAUCGAAUGACCCACCAAACCAGCAGAACUACUAUCUACCGCAUCAUGCUGUUUUGCGCCCCUCCAGCUCAAGCACAAAAUGUCGGGUGGUAUUUGAUGCCAGCGCUAAAUCUUAUCCAUCCAACCUGUCUCUCAAUGACGUUCUCUUUGUCGGUCCGGUGGUGCAAAGCGAAUUAUUCUCUAUAAUGCUUCGCUUCCGCACUCAUAAGAUUGCAUUCACGGCGGACAUCUCCAAAAUGUAUCGACAGAUCCUGAUAACUCCAGAGCACCAACACUAUCAGCGAAUAUUUUGGCGAGAGCAAGUAUCAGAUCCGUUGCGAGUACUGGAACUUGACACCGUUACGUACGGUACUGCAUCGGCCCCGUACCAAGCUACGCGAUGCCUGGCUCAACUGGCCGAGGAAGAAAGAGAUGAAUACCCAAUUGCAGCUCGAAUAAUCACUCGCGAGGUAUACAUGGACGACAUGCUUUCUGGUGCCGAGACGGUAUCGGAAGCUAUUGAAGCACAACGUCAACUGAAGCAACUGUUGGCACGCGGUGGCUUCCCAAUCCACAAGUGGUGCUCCAAUUCGUUGGAAUUCCUCCAGCAAGUCCCACCAGAAGAACGGGAAACCCAAGUAUCGAAAACGGAAUAUGAAGCAAACAAGACCAUAAAGGUUCUGGGUCUGCUUUGGGAUCCAGAUGCAGAUACAUUACUCCUCGCCAACCAGAUCGAAUAUACUUCGAUUGCGCCGAUUACCAAACGGGUAAUGUAUGCCGAAAUCGCAAAAUUUUAUGAUCCUCUUGGUUUGUUCUCUCCAGCCAUCGUCCUUGCCAAGCUACACGCACAGAAUCUGUGGAAAAUUAAGGUAGGAUGGGACGAUCAAGUCGACGAACAAUGUGCACAACAAUGGCAAGAACUCCAAAGGGCAUUAUCGUACCUUCACAAGGUUCAAGUUCCCAGAUGUGUAAUCAGCUCCAACGUUAUGUUCUAUGAAUUACAUGGAUUUUCUGAUGCUUCCUCCGUGGCGUACGGAGCCUGUGUGUACAUUCGAAGCAUUUUUCUCGACAAGACGGCGACGAUGUCGCUGUUGACCAGCAAGUCCAAACUGGCCCCACUACACGACUUAUCAAUUCCUCGAAAGGAGUUAUGUGGCGCACUUUUGCUAACGCGCUUGAUAAAAAAGGUGAUUGCCGAGUUAAAAAUGGAAUUUCAAGAAAUCGUGCUGUGGUGCGACAGUACUAUAGUGCUAGCCUGGAUCAAGAAGCCGCUCAACGAACUCAAGCUUUUCGUGCGAAAUCGUAUCACCGUGAUCCAAGACGAAACCAACAAUUUCCGUUGGGAAUACAUCAGUUCUGAAAACAACCCUGCUGACAUCGUUUCACGCGGCCAAAUACCAAGGGUUCUAGAAGCUAACCGACUCUGGUGGCAAGGCCCUGAUUUCCUUGGCAAUGGAGAAUAUGUGGUACUUCGUCCCGAAGCCAUUCCUGAUGACGACUUACCAGACAUGAAUGCGGUUGUUUCUGCAACGAUUAAUGUGAAUGACGGUAGAACCGGACGCAUCUUGACGGUUCCCGAGAUACGCUCUUCAACCGAGACUAUACUCAAGGUGAUCCAGCAUAUUCAUCUAGGCGACGAGAUCCAGCGUGUCGUACGAAACGAGUCUUGCAAAAGGAUCGGGAACCUCCGGCCAAUAUUUCUGGAUCGCUCUAUACUGCCAUUCGAAAGUCGUCACCCAAUCAUCUUGCCUGAUAAGGAUCUUAUCGUGUGGAUAAUGAUUCUUGAAAUGCACAUCGAGUUACUUCACAUCGGUCAGACAGGUCUGAUAAACGCUUUGCGUCAGCGAUAUUGGCUGCUUAAUGCUCGUUCAACUAUACGUCAGAUUACUCGGCGCUGUGUGAAAUGCUUUAGAAGCAAUCCAACUGACGCGACCCAGCUAAUGGGUAACCUUCCCACAUCCAGAGUUGUGCCAUCACCACCUUUUGCUGUAACCGAUGUGGACUAUGCCGGUCCGUUCUGGAUUAAGCAAGGUUUACGGCGACCCGCGCUCGUGAAGGCAUACAUAGCUGUAUAUGUCUGUAUGGCCACCAAGGCCGUACAUUUGGAGGCAGUUUCUGAGCUCAAUACCAACGCUUUUUUGGCGUGUUUGAGGAGAUUCAUUAGUCGCAGAGGGUGUAUUCAACAAUUGCACUCAGACAACGCUACCAAUUUCAAGGGUGCCAACAACGAAAUGCAUGAGCUCUACAAUCAGUUUCGUUCCCAGCAAGCAGUACAGCGUAUCGAGCAGUUUUGUCAUGCACGAGAAAUCGAGUGGCAUUUCAUACCAGCUGACGCUCCUGAAUUCGGAGGACUUUGGGAAGCGGCGGUUAAGUCCGCCAAGACGCAUCUUAAACGCAUAGUAGGUAACGUCAAGUUGACAUUUGAAGAGUUCGCGACAGUACUAGCCGAAAUUGAAGCCGUGCUGAAUUCACGCCCGUUGUUCGUCGUAUCCAAUGAUCCCGCCGAUCCCUUGGUUAUAACUCCAGCGCAUUACCUUAUUGGCCGUCCACUUACCGCAAUGGCGGAACCAUCACUGGAAGAUCUAAACGCCAAUCGUUUGGAUAGAUGGCAGCACUUGCAGCUCUUACGUGAACACUUUUGGCGUGCUUGGAGCCGAGACUAUCUUAACACGCUUCAGCCGCGAAAGAAGAAUCUUCGAACCAUGCCAAACAUCCGUACCGAUAUGGUAGUCCUGCUCCACGAUAGGAAUCAGCCUCCUCUCUACUGGAAGUUAGGGCGAAUUUCGGCGGUAUAUCCUGGCGACGAUGGACUUGUGCGAGCGGUCGAUGUGGUCGCUGAUGGUUCAACUUAUCGACGUCCAAUAACCAAAAUAUCCGUCCUUCCUAUCGAAGACAAUCACUCAGAUCCAGUUCCAGCUGUUGAGGUAACUCAACCGGGGGGGGGGGGAGAUGUUCGGCGCCGCACUGUAGAGUUGCCCCAACAAACUGGAACACCACUGAUUAUUGAUGACGUUCACAGUCAGCUAACUUGA